CCGGACGGCCGGACCGGACCCGGCAUCCGCAUCCGCACCUGCUACGCGCGUGCGUGUCCCCGGCUCCACCCCCAUGAAAUAUCUCCGCGCCGCUGCUGGGAUUUAGGGUUCUAGGGGCGGUGAUUAUUCCCCAUCUCCUUCCUUACAAAACCCCGGCCGCGUUCCUCCUCGAUCCAGACCCUCGCUAAAAAUAGCAAGGCUGAAGUCGUCGAUCCGACGUGCCUGGUCUUCUUCCUUGGUCGUCCUUGGGCUCUGAAUUUCGUUUGUUCCUAGAUGGCUGAUGUUGAGGAGUUCCGUUGCUUCAUUGGGAACCUGUCCUGGUCGACAACUGAUGAUAGCCUCAAGGAUGCGUUUGGCAAAUUUGGCAACCUCACCGAGGCAAAGGUUGUUCUUGACAAGUUUUCUGGCCGAUCUCGUGGUUUCGGCUUUGUGACUUUUGAUGAGAAGAAAGCUAUGGAGGAUGCUAUUGAAGGAAUGAAUGGACUGGACUUGGAUGGGAGGAACAUCACUGUUGAUAAAGCUCAGCCACAAGGACCUGGUAGAGACCGUAAUGGUGACCGUGAUUUUGAUCGCGAGCGUGGAUCUCGCCAUGACCGUGGCCGUGACUAUGGUGGUGGGCGUGCACCGCGUGGUGGGGGUGGUGGGGAUUGCUUCAAAUGUGGAAAACCUGGUCAUUUUGCUAGAGAGUGCCCGUCUGGGGAUGGCGGGAGAGGGGACAGAUAUGGUGGCAGAGAUGACAGGUAUGGUGGUGGUGGUGGCGGUGAUCGUUAUGGAUCUGAUCGUGGUGGUGAUCGAUACUCAGGCCGCAGCCGAGAUGGUGGCAGCUAUGGGGGUGACCAUUACAGCCGUGACCGAUCUGGUCCCUACUGAUGGCCUAGUUCUCGAGAAGUAUGUUCCAUCCAGGCAUAUGACUUGGUCAUAGUGCUUGGCGCUUGGAUCCUGCAUGUUUGCUUGAUAUGCUAUUGGCUGGAAUCCAGCUUGUUAAAAGGUGGAUUUUGUCACCAUGUGUUGAUGAUGCUGGUCUUAGUUGUGCUUAUGGGGAUUAACAUAAAUGCUUGGGAUACGGGGAUCGGAUGGCAAGUUGUGUGUUCUUGUUUGUGUUAUUUCGGGGAAGCAAGGGAUCAACUAUAUUCUGCUUGAACACACCUACAAGGAAAUCUCUCUGGUUCUUGUCACCUCUUCUCAAAGCAAGCAAUGAAUCAUCCAUAAGGGAAAAUUAACUGGUAAUCUUUUCAAUCUUUUAUCUUCAAUAUUGUGUUAACACGUCAUUUUUAAAUGACUGUUUUGUUUUGGCAGGCUUCUUUUUGGUUAUUUGUUCUCUUGUUCUGAAUUGGUUACUACCGUCGUAAGAUCAUUUCAGUUGUCUCGUACUAGUCUGGCUGAGUUGUUCCAUGAAUGCAAGGAGACAUUCUUUGGUUCCAUUCUAUGAUGUGCCGUUUGUAUUGAAGGACCUCUGCAACGUAGCAUACUGUUUCUGCCUUUCUCUUGGGUGCCAUAAUGCAAAGAGGUUAUGGUUCCUUUGACACGCUGGAGUGGCUGCCUCUGGGUUGUUUCUUUAGUUGUCUGGUUCCUUGUGGCUUGAGAUCAAGGAUCAUGCUUAUGCAGGCUGGGUGAAUGUGAUGCUAUCCGGUUGCUGUUCCUUCUACGCUGCACCACUAGAAUAGCUACUUCUGCCCUGUUUUUUAAUAACCACCCGCUGCUCUUUUGAACUCUCCAAUGAUGUUAUGCUUCAUCGACAGCAUUCUAGUUGUUGCUUGGUCGUCUCAUGGGAUAUGUUAGUCUUGAUUUUGAUCAUUUUUUUCCUAGUUCACCUUAUCGGGAUGUAAUGCACGAUCGUUUGCUGUUGAUUAUCAGCAACUUGAAUUUGUACUCAACUGCGUUUACAUUGGUAGUAAGAUUUCUCCCAUUUUUUAAACAGCUCGGUUGACGAGUUCUGC